UCACGCAGAGUAGCUUUAUGAAGUGGUUAUCGAGGCUGAAUACUGAGAUAACGUACCUGACCAAUGGAGAGACGUUCCUACAUGUCAGUAUCUGGGGGUGACUCACUUAUUCAAAUUCCCCUCCAUCAUAGCUACCUUAUUCUCCUCCUUUCUGCCUCUCAAUCGUUUAUGUCUAGUCGUCCAAGAUGUCGAGAGAGAGCAAGGAGGAUACCGACUUGCUCCCAUCGCCUUCUUCGCCCGGCCUCUCCAAGUACUUCUCGCAUCGAUGGACAAUAAGCGUACCUUCCCACCCAUCUCUGCGCUUCUUCCGCGCAACGCCGUCCCACUUCGACGUCUGGAUCCCAAUCGUCACAAACCCCGAGAACAGGAAGAUGUUGCCGGACACGCGAGACAAAGUAUGGGACGAGGCCGCGGUAGCAGAAUGGAAAGCAGCGGCCGAGGCGCGCUACACCGAGGCCAACACCAAGUUCAACAAGCUGGAAGUGCUGAUCGAGCUCGAUGGCCGCGUUGCUGGGUACGGCAACAUCGUCACGAUCAGGGAGGACGCGGCGAGCGUCGGGCUGGUGCUAGAGAGGACGGCGCGCGGCCGGGGCGUGGGCAAGUUGGCCAUGGCGGUGCUGAUCCAGCUCGGGUUUGCUUUUGGCUUGCAGUUGGAGCCAGGCACGAUGAAGGCGAAUGGGCCGAUGCGUGGGGUUAUGGCUAGUCUGGGAGUCGCGGAGGAGGAGGAGCUCGUGGUGAUUCCUGGGCGCGGAGUCGUCGCGGAGGUUGUAUAUCGGGUGCGGAGGGAGAGGUGGAGGGAGGUCGAGAUGAGGGUCGUCUUUGACGAGGAGGGGGGGUUCGUCGAGGCGAAGAGAUAGACGUGGUCCUCAUGUCAUGUCAUGAUGUGUACAGACAGUGCUGCAAACACGUUGUUCCAUACAAAGGACAUGGGAUUGUGGAUUUCUCUCUUGAUUUCUCUGCGCUCAUGGAUGGGGAACGGCCCACGCCAAUUGCCAAUUGGGUGCUACGGUAAGGGCCCUGCCGUUGGUUCCCGCGGGCCGCGUCGUAGCAGAGGAGCCGA